GUUGUUCGCUUCCCUCAGCAAGACGUUUCCGGUGAAAAAUCUUGGGGAGUGUACCUGGUACGACGGGUGUGCUAUCGCCAUGGAUGUAGAAAAUGGCAUUACCAAGCUGUCCCAGACAGCAUACAUUGAGAGUAUGCUGAAGCGGUUUGAUGUGACCACGACCGCUUUCACCCGUGCUGCUACCGAUGCCGACCUAGGGCCGAAGAGAGAUGACGAGCCCGCGGUGGAUAAGCCUGUGAGGGAGGCGAUCGGAUGCCUGAUGUUGACGAAGCUGACGAGGCCAGGCAUCGCCUUGCCUCUGAAAAAGCUCCAGAAGAUCGCCCACUCACCCACCGGGAGGAUAUGGAACGCGCUUGUGCGGAUCAUGUCCUACCUGAACUUCACGAAUGACUUCAGCAUCACCUACGUACGGGGGUCAGGACUAGACCUAAGCGUGUUUGUCGAUGCCAGCUACACUGACAACGAAGUAGACACGCGUUCGACGACCGGGCUAGCUGUGACCGAGGCGUUGUUUGUGCGUGGCGUUCUGUCGUUCAUAGCGCCGGAGACGAGUGGGACGAAGAUCAAAGUCCUUGAGGACAACAAGAGGGCUCUCGCCUUGAUCGAGAACCCGUUCAGCUCAGCGAGGAGCAAGCACAUCGACGUGCGGUUCCAUUUCAUUCGCGAGCUAUUCAAGUCGGGCAAGAUCACUGCAGAGUAUGUUCCGACUGGAGAGCAGCACGCAGACAUGGUGACCAAGGUCCUUGGCAGAGAGAAGUUAAAGUACCACCGGAAGGCUCUGAUGAAUCUAUCGAUGUAG